AUGGGUGUUCAUGUUGAUGAAAACUUAGCAACAAGAACUCUAGGUGUGUACACGUUUCGUGCACAAGGAGCCAUAUAUCAUAAGAUUGGGAGUCUCUUACCAAAUUCUAGCGAGAGACCGAGAUAUUUGCAACUAUAUGUUUAUGAUACUGAUCAUGAGAAUGAGAAUCGAAUGUCUGAAAAUGAAGAAUUGCACUUGGAUUUGCUUGACAAGAUAAAGAAUAUUUUAAAUGCUCAUAAUUCAUUUGUACACACGUUUCGCCAAUUGGCUCAGCGUCCAGACAUACAUGAAUGCAGACUUCAAAUCAAAGAGCAACCACAUAAUAGGCCCCAAUACAACCUUCCUACUGCUCCUGAAGUUGCUACCGUUUUAGGUGGCGAAGAAGCUGGAAAUUUAAAACCAAGAGAUGUCAUUGUCCAAUCAACCAGUGGUCACCUCCUAAAUAUUUCUGAUAUUGUCGGAUACUAUGAUCCAUUACAGUAUCCUCUGUUGUUACCCUAUGGUUCAUAUGGAUGGGAUGCAAAUACCAGAAGUAAUGUUGGUCGUAGAACAAUAUUACCAUCGUCAUUUGUUGGUAGCCCACGAGACAUGUAUCAGAGAUAUCAAGAUGCAAUGGCUCUGGUCCAAAAGUAUGGAAAACCUGAUCUUUUCCUUACAAUGACCUGCAAUCCAAAUUGGCCUGAAAUUAAAGCUGAGUUGCUACCUAGACAGUCACCGCAUGAUCGUCCUGAUUUGCUAACAAGAAUAUUUCAUUCGAAAUUUGAUGAGAUGAAGACUGACAUUCUUAUAAAACAUGUACUCGAGAAGGUUCUAGCAUAUGCAUAUGUUAUUGAGUACCAAAAAAGAGGCUUACUACAUGCCCACAUGGUCAUUAUUUUGGAUGAAAAUGAUAAGUUACGCACUCCUGACGAUUAUGAUAACAUUGUCAGAGCUGAAAUUCCAGACAAGAGAUUAGAGCCUAGAUUAUACAGUGUAGUUCUCAAACACAUGAUACAUGGCCCAUGUGGAAUGUACAAUGAACGGUCUCCGUGUAUGACAAAUGGCCGGUGCAAAAGACGUUUCCCAAAGCCAUUUUCUUCCAUUACUACACUUGGAAACGAUUCAUAUCCUAUUUAUCGAAGAAGAGAAGGGGAGUCAGUUCCUUUGGAGAGUAACCCAAGCGUCUUGGUGGAUAAUAGUUGGGUUAUUUCGUACAACCCAUGGUUGCUCUUGAAAUAUGAUUGUCAUAUCAAUCUUGAAAUUUGCAGUAGUGUUACAAGUGUGAAGUAUUUAUACAAAUAUGUUUAUAAAGGCCCUGGCCGUGUUGCACUAGAAGUUCGUCAAGGUCCUAAUUAUGAUGAAGUACAACAGUUCAUAGAUGGAAGAUGGGUUUGUGCUCCAGAAACAUUGUGGAAAAUAUUCAAAUUCCCAAUGACCAAAAUGACUCCUAACGUAGAACGCCUCCAAAUACACUUACCAAAUAAGCAGCAAGUGAGGUUUUAUACGUUCCAAGACAUCACAAAUGUUUUAGGCGAUGAGUAUUAUUCCAGAACAAUGCUUACCCAAUUCUUUCAAUUAAAUGUUGAUGAUGAAACUGCAAAUCGGUACUUAUAUCGAGAGAUCCCGCAACAUUAUAGAUGGUGCAACAAUGCAAAGAUGUGGCAAUUGAGAUUGAACCAUCCAAGAGUAAUUGGAGGAACUGGAAAGACAUAUUCAUAUCGUGCACUAUUGGCCUCAGUGAGAAGUCAAUGUCGAAUUGCCAUUACAACAGCAACUUCUGGAAUUGCAGCUACACUUUUACCUGGUGGAAGGACAGCCCAUUCAAGAUUCAAGAUCCCAUUAAAUCCAGAGGCUUCGUCCGUGUGUUCCAUUACUAAACAAUCAGAUUUGGUAGAACUGAUUAGACGUGCAACAGUCAUCAUUUGGGAUGAAGCUACAAUGACAAAUCGUUAUGCUUUUGAAGCUUUGAAUCGAACACUCAUAGGCAUCACUGGUGUUGAUUAUCCAUUUGGUGGCAAAAUUAUGGUGUUUGGUGGUGAUUUUCGACAAGUACUUCCUGUUGCUCCUAAAGGUACAAAAGCUGAAACUAUUGCUGCAUCGAUAGCCAAAUCACCUUUCUGGAGUCACAUUCAAAUAAUUCGUUUAAAGCAAAACAUGCGCUCUAUAAAUGGCCAACGGUUUGGUGAAUUUCUUUUAUCCAUUGGAGAUGGUGUGCAACCUACCAUUAUAGAUGAAAUGAUCAAAAUACCAACAUCGAUGGCAAUAUCAUGGAAUGGCGAAGAAUCAAUUGUUCGACUAUUAGAAGAAAUUUAUCCUAAUAUCAGAAACCAUUCUUCUGACGCCGAGUAUAUGGUUAGUAGGGGCAUAAUAACUCCUCGCAAUGAAGAUGUCGACAAGCUCAAUGAGAAAAUCAUUCAGAGAUUUCCGGGAGAAUCAAGAGUGUACCACUCAUUUGAUAAAGUUGAAAAUGAUACCCAAAAUUUGUAUCAACAAGAGUUUUUAAAUUCCAUUUCACCAGGAGGAAUGCCCCCACAUGCAUUGCAUUUGAAAGUUGGAGCCCCAAUUAUGCUUUUGAGGAAUCUUGACCCUUCUUCUGGUUUGUGCAAUGGCACAAGGCUACUAUGUCGAGUUUUGAACGAUAAUUUCAUAGAUUCAGAGAUUUUAACAGGACAUUUCAAAGGCACGAGAGUUUUCCCGCAUCACAUUCCAUUAAAGGCUCCGGAAAACUUAAAACUUCCAUUUGAAAUGACUCGCACACAAUUUCCAGUUCGCCUUAGUUUUGCUUUGACGAUAAAUAAAUCACAAGGUCAAACAAUUCCACAUGUGGGAAUUUACCUUCCGGAUCACGUGUUUAGUCAUGGACAACUAUAUGUUGCUUUAUCUCGAGGGGUGUCGGAUCAGACAACGAAAGUCUUGGAGGAGAAUUAUCAAGAGGAGUCAAAUAUGGUUGCAGCUGAAAAAGUUACAAAUCAGGUCAAACAGUUCUCCAUUUACAGUCUUGGAUGGAAGGUCCCUAUUAAAGUUGAUAAAAAGCAAUUGGGAAAAUUAAUUGUGCGAGAGCUUUUAAGAAACCCUAUCAUAUCUGAUAGAGCAAGUAUAUGCAGCAAAGACAAUAUGGACAUAUAUGUGGUAGCUGCAUCAAAUUUUACAAAUUUGUCAAACAAUCAACUUAUAAGGAAGUGA